AGAGAGAGAGUAAAAAGGGAGACAAAAAUGAUGAAGUUGAGAUCAAAAAGGUUCUCCAGAAGCAAUUCUAAGAUAGGUAAAGGUGGCAGCGCAAGUGGUGGCGCAGGUGGCAAAGGGUGUGUAACCGCCGGUGAAAUCAAAUGGGAAGUUCGUCCCGGUGGUAUGCUUGUUCAAAGGAGAGACUGUGGAGAAGGUGUUGGACACGGGACGAUUACAGUUAGAGUCUCAACUGUUUCACAGUGGCAUGAUAUAUCCAUCCAAGCAACUUCAACAUUUGGGGAAUUGAAGAUGAUACUGUCAUUAGUGACUAGCUUAGAACCAAAAGAACAAAGGGUAUUGUUCAAAGGGAAGGAGAGAGAAGAUUAUGAACACCUGCACAUGGUGGGUGUUAGAGACAAGGACAAGAUGCUGUUGUUAGAAGAUCCAGCCAUCAAGGAGAUGAAACUCCUUCAAUUGACUGGAGGAGCAGCCAUUGGGACUCCUUAUCGGACCAUUAGGGUCUAAGUUAACACUUGGGGUUGUUUUUUUUACUAACCACUUAAGAAAAGAUUCAAGUGUGGUGAUGAAUAUCUUCCAUAAACUUGGCUUAGAUUAGAAGGCUCAUUGUGUAAUAUUCGUGUUUGUUUGUUUGGGCAUAUCAAAUGUAUAAGCUGAUACAUGCCCGAGUCAUUUUGAAUAGUUUACUAUGUUUAUAAAAUGUUG